AUGGCAGUACAGAAGCUUCUGUUGGUGUUGACAAUCCUCAUCUCCACUUGCAUAUUCGCUCUUUGCUGGGGGUUCACGAUUAUAAUUUGGCGUCUAAAAUAUGUGAUUCUCCCCGACUCCGUCGUCAACCUCGUUACAAGAUAUCCUACUGUACUCACCCUCGUAUCCACCGUGAUAUCCACGAUUCUGUCAGUAAUUACCACGUUUCUUUUAUCGUUCACUGUCAAAAAGGCAAUCAACCAUUAUAUUACUCGACCAAUAUCACUGGCCAAACUUCAUACUGCAAUAGCUCUCACCAAACCACAACCCCUUCUUCAAUGGAAUCAUUACAAACUCUCAAUUUUCACGUUGAUUUUUGUCUGUUUGGUUACACUCCUCAAUUCAAGCUGGACGACAUUACUAUUGCCGACACUGCUUUUGUGGCCUGUACCGAUCAGUGGCACAGAUCUGGACCUCGCAAGCAGUGCCUUCGACGUGAAACUAGGUGAUGAUGACACUAAUAUGUCAGGAAAUUAUAUGAAUGGUUGCAAUGUCCUCGAAAUUAUGGCGUCAAUGAGCGGGACUUCAGCCACACGUUCAGCUGUUGCAGGCGGAAGUGAUAGUGUCUUCGCCUUCAACGGUGUCUCGUACAACAUAUCCAGUGGCGGCGUCCUUCCGGCGGUCGAAGAUUAUGCAGGCACGAAAUUGCCCCCUGGUGAUAUUGGUCUUGCGUACUACGGUGGAAAAGUCGCGGUCUAUACAUCGCUCGUCAAAGAUCGGGGCCGUUCCGGACUCGCUAGAAAUUAUACAGUGACACAACAAGGUCUUUCGGCGAUUGUUACCUGCAGUGACCUAAGUGACCUUGACCCAAACAAGUUCUCGCUGAACUUUACAAGUACCAAUUCGUCAACUACAGCUUGGUGGCAAGGGACAGCUUCUUGUCCUCUCGGCACGGGUGUCGGCAAUUGGUCAACGGCGGUGGAUGAAGGUAUUGGUUUUCUCGGUAUUGUUGUCUGUCCCACUCCGGUAUUCGUGAAUGGUAGAGCCACGUCAUUCGACAUCCUCCUGCAGGGCAUGGGAUCAUAUAAUUUGUUGGAUGCAACAGUCUGCAAUGUAGCACCAUAUGUGGCUUCGUUUGAUGUGACAUACAACCAGACAAUGAUCUCCGUUGAUCAACAUCAAACUCGUAACAUCCAGCCACUCCAGAGCAACGUCACCGCCCUCAUAUCGGCCGUAGUGAACAUGCUGUCUAUAUCUAGUCAGGCAACGUCUACUAACCCUCUGGCGCUGUUGCUGUUGCUUAGCAGUUUAGACCCCACCAGUUUGGUGAAUGAAACCUUGCAGAACUACUUCCGCGGUGUUGUAGAGUUUUCUGGCACAUACCUUCGUUCAGCCUACUCUGCAGAAGGUGCCAAUGUGAGCUCAACAAUGCAGGACUUGUACUCGGACAAAAAUGCUUUCAAAUCUCUGAAUGGAACUAUGUUCAUCACGACCUACGGCUGGUACAGGGGACACCUUACAUACAUAUAUAUUCUCGUCGUUUUCACGGUCAUCUGGGCGGUCACUGUUUCAGCUGCGGCGUACAGUCUGAUCCAGGAAUGUACUCACCCACACACUGGUCCCACUUUUGAUGCGUCGAACCCAGUCCAUCUGAUGAUGGCAUCUUCGGCGGGGGGACUAGAAACACUCACAAGAUUUGAAAAUAACGGAGCUUUGGAGAAUGAGCGUACACGGGUGCGUCUUCUAGAUGGUCGGGAUGUGGUACCCGAUGAUGCAGUGGGAGAGAAGACAUACGUUCGACCUACUAGAUCGACAAUGCCGCGGUUCGAGAUUGUACCGUAA